CCUCUGCCCAGCCGUCUCCCCCCGUCAGGCCCUAGUCCUUCUGGAUGGUGUUCUUUGCCUCUGCACCCUGAUCUCUCAGCUAAUGCCAAGAUUGCCAUGGCUCAGUUCCCUGGCUGGAAAGGAGAGCCAUAUCCCAAACCGCUGGUCAGAUACACAAGAGCCCUGCCCAUUGGAAGGAUAUCCACCGCCGGCCCACAACCACGGCUCAAUCGCAGGAGACUUAUACCCAUCUCUAGAGCCAAGACAGUCAAGUUCUCCCACCCAGACAAGACCCAGAGUCUGAUUCCGGCAAUUACAAGGCAGAGAAUCUCUCCCAGGGCUCAGGCAGGAGGCCGGCAGGUCAGACCGGUCACACCCAGACCACCCACACGCAGGCCGGGUAGCCCUGUGGGCCGAAGGCGUAACGCGUCCCUCACGGAGGCACAGCUGGCUGGACGGGGGGAUGGCGUGUCCCUGUUUUGCGCUGUCCGAGACCAGUUGCUGCUCACCUCCAGCUCUGAGUCCUCCCCCUCCCCUCGCUCAUCCCCCUCCUCUCCUCCGCAUCGAUGCAGGCGCAUCCCCCCGGCCUACCUCACUCGCCGCUACGUGACCCAGAUGAAGCUGUACCAGGCGCUGAGUAAUGAGAAGAAGAAGAAGAACAGGCAGCGGACUUUAGAGGGGAAUUCGAUCCGAAAAGGAGCUGCCUCAUGUCGUCAUGUGAAUCCUCCUCUGUGUGGAGGGGAAGGAGUAUCCUCCCAUAGCCUCUACAAAGUCAUCAAGAGGAAGCGAAGCCCCCAGUCUGAACAACAACCCUCUCAGCCGCCCUCACGGCUGGCGAGGAGAUCCAGGAUCCGUCCGUGGCGUCGCCAGUUCGACAGCAGUGCCUCCGACUGCCCGUCGUCGGACAGCAGCCCCGUCCUGAACGACUGUGGCCAGUCGCCCCACUGCUUGGCUGCCCCAGACACACCCGACUGCCCCGGGCCUUGUCCGAGCACGCCGCGUGAUACUUCUGUGGCUUCCCAGUCGCCCUCCAGAACUCUCUCUGGUGCCAUCACCACGCCACUCUACGACACCUCAAUGAUCGUUCAGUCGUUCUCCAGUACUCCCUCCAGCGCCCGCACCACGCCACUCUACCCCCAUUCCUUCACCUCCAGUGCCCCUGGCACCCCACUACACAGUCAGAUACUGCUCUCCAGUGCCCCUGGCACCCAACUGUGCACCCCAUUAUUUUCACGCAGUGCCCCUACCACACCCCUCCCCUCUAAAGCAGAGCAGGAGAGCUCUCCCAGGCGGUCUGUGUCUCACUCCAAGAACAGGAUGCUCAGAAAUAAGGCGGGGGACCCAGGCUCAUGUUCAGCCAAAGAGUCCAGCCCCAAAAUGAGAAACCCUGAGUCAAGAUGGAGAGACAGGAGUCACUCUGGCAAGGCGUUUGGAGAUCCCCACACCAGUCCUGCAGCGGAGACUUUGAAAGUUCCUGAGAAGGAGGAGAAGAGCAGGCAGAGAAAAGAGCACUCUACGCCAACAACGCCUUGGAACGCCGGUGGAACGAAACAACCAGCAGACCUCCAGCUGACACGUCUCAAAGUCCCUCUUGAUCCUCCCUCACCCGGCCGGAGCAGCCUUUCAGACUGCGAGCUGUCUCCGCCUUUCUUCUUCUUCUGCCGCGAGGAGACUCCGCGCAGCCCGAGAGGCCCUGCCCACAACGCGGGCAGGAAGUCCUCAUGCAAGCCUCCCUCAACAUCCUCAACCUCGUAUUCCCCGAAAACAUCAGAAACAGCUGACAGACAUCUAAAAGCCAAGACUUCGGCGUCAGUCCCUACGACACCCACAUCGGCAAAGUAUUUCUCUCUGCCGGCGUGUCUGUUCAGGAGGCCUCCUACACCCUGGAGUUUUGGCAGCUGGAAGACCGGCUCUCCAGCCUUUCAUCACUCUCCACCUCCCCAAAGUCCCAAAUCUCCCGACACAGGCGUGGGCCGGCGAACCAGGAAGAUCCCCUCCACCGGGUACAACAUGACGACAGGUUCCACCGGCACGCCCUGGGUGCCAAAAACGGAAGAGGAUUUGAGGAACGCUGUGGGACGAUCCCCGUCCGUCUCCAGAGACGCAGAGAGGAGGCGCUCGCCUCCCGCCUCAGGCCUUCACAGCCACAUAUCUGUGCGGAGCAGAUACUUAAGCCCGGGAGUUAAAACUCAUGCGGAUAAACAGGAAUUAUCCAGGACCCCAUUCAACAGUGGGCCUGUUUGCCCAUUCCAGCGUCCCAGUUCAGCCACCUCCUCCAGCAAACAGAGAGACUCCAGCAUGACCUCAGAGGGGAAGACGAGGCACUCUUAUCAGAAACCUGACACGCCGAGACCAAAAAGCUGCCCUUCCAAGACCCAACCCUCUGGGACGCCGCUCCGCUUUCGUCCCUCAAACCCCGGCAGGAAGAGCGACCCUGACCCCCGUGCGAGGCCGGACACCCGCCGUUUUCCACGCGCUUCCCCCUCUUCUGCCUCCGAGUUGUUACUUGAGAAGGCCGAUCUUAGCAGCUCUGCUCCUGUGAGGGCUGGAUCCGGUGGACCUCCACGCAAGCACGGAGAGAGGGCCUCGCUUCCCAGGACGCGGGCGGAGCUGGAUCCUGAAGAGGGCUUCAGAGGUGACAAUAAAGCCAAAGCAUCUAAGGGACAGGAGCUCUUUAAAGCCCCAUUUCCAUGUGCACCCAGCCACAAACUCUCUGCCUGUCAGAGGAGCCCACCAUACGCGGCACAAAGGGCCCCACUUAGGAGGGAUGACACCCAUCGACACUUCAAGAACACCAAAGGCACCCGCUCACCUUCAACUCAGCCGAGAUUGGAAGAAUCCGGCGACCCUCUGCCCCUCCAACCCCCCUCCUCCUCCCCUCCCCUUGUGUCCCCAUGCCUGUCCCCAACCCCCAGCAGCCCAGACCUCAUCCACGCCAUCGUGGGCGCCAUCAGCCUACUCCUGGGUCUGUCCUCCAUCUCCUACCCCCAGCUCUACCCUGCCACUGCCGUUCAGGGCUCCCCUGCUACACCCCCCACAGCGGAGCUCUCUCCCCUCACCUCUGACCUGGACCCCGGUCCCAGAACCUCCACCACACCAGCAGGCCCGGCCCGCAGCCUGUCUGACCCAGGGCUGAGCUGCAGAUCAUCAGACACCCCGCCUUCCCACACACAGCAGAGAGCAGGUCAGAAGAUAAGUGCACCGCCACUGAAAAAAGCAUCACAGUGACAAGACAUGCGGAGGAGGGAAUAGUUCUCAGUGGCAGUAGACUGGGAGAGGAGCAGGGUAACAAUCUUCCUAUUAACCCAACAGGAAGGCUUCAUUAUGACCGCAUGAAACCACAAGAGGGACGCCUUGGAAAUACAGCCUUGGAUGUUCGAGUCUAACACUUGGAGGCCGUUGUUUAUUGAGCAGAGGAUUUACAUUUUAUAUAAGUAUAUUAUUUAAGAAAGAUUGAAGUUUUAAUUGAUUAAAAGAAAUCCUCCAGUCUACAUAA